AGUUCGCAGUUCCUCACAAAAAUGGCGGCAUCAUCUUUAUCAUCUACUCAUCUGCUCCACCACCUUCUCCGCCGUCCGCAGCCGUCACCGCUUGCAUCCUCUUCCGUCUUCUCCUUCUUCUGCGUCUCCCCUACCACAACCUCCACUGCCGCCGCCGCCGCCACUUUCUCUCCCCUUUGCACCACCCUCUUCUCUUUCCACGCCUCCGCUCGCCCUCUCUUCCUCUGCAACUCACUCUCUUCCUCCUCUGUCGCAUUUCCUCAAACACCUUCUCCCCAAUCCAUUGAACCGCAUUCCAUUCCCCAAGAACAAUUGCUAAACGACCUUGCGGAAGAAGAAGAGAGCGGUGGCGAAAUUGUGGAAGAAGAAGAGAGCGGCGGUGAAAUUGCGAAGCAAGAGGAACUGUACGAAUCUGAGGAAUCCGUGAAGGAGACUUCGCGUCCGUUUAAUUUGACUAUAAAGGAGAAAAAAGAGCUGGCGUCGUAUGCUCACAGCCUGGGGAAAAAGCUCAAGUGUCAAUUGGUGGGGAAACAGGGUGUUACUGCUUCUGUGGCUUCUGCAUUCAUCGAGAACCUUGAAUCCAACGAGCUUCUUAAGAUUAAAAUACAUGGCACCUGUCCAGGGGAGCUACCUGAUGUGGUGAAGCAAUUGGAGGAAUCAACUGGUUCAGUUGUUGUUGGCCACAUUGGUCGGUCAGUCAUUCUUUACAGGCCAAGUGUCACCAAGUUGAAAGCAGAGGAGAAGAGGAAACAGGCUCGGAGAGUUUAUGUUAGAAAAGGAGCCAUUUUCAAACCCAAAUUGCCGGGAAAAUUGCUGGAGGGACAAUCACCAAGGGUGUUUGGACGUGGUCGACGAGGAAGCAGCAGAUUUCGAGACACAUAAUUGUUCAGCAGUUUUUUCUUUUUCCAGAGCUGCUGCAAGAGCAGGUAAGAUUCUUCUAUUUCCCCUCUUUCACUGCCUGAAAACAGCCUUCUCUUUCUCAAGGCUACAUGUUUGAGGAAACAACAUCGAUUCCCUAGAAUCAAUUGAGUGCUCCAAAACCAAGAUGGGAAGAAGGCAAUGAUGCAGCUAGAGUUAGUUCUCAUAUUUUGAUGUUGUUGGUUGUACGUAGACAGUAUUUUUCUGUUUCAAUUAGUAGGGAGUUGAGGAAGCAAGGAGAGGAUAUCUUCUCUAAGAUGAAAACUAGUUGCAAGUGUGUUCUUGAGCUCGAGUCUUGAUUCUUAGAUCUAGUAUCUCUCUGAUUGUCUCUCUGAGCAUUUACCCAAACAAUUGUAAUUUUUUUAUAAUCUAUCAGACCAAUAUCGCCCCAUUUUGCCUC